UUACAUUCUUCGGCCUUCUACAUAUUCAUUGCCACUGCUCGAGCAUUUGGCUACUGGUUGGAUGUAGUGUGUUCCCUCUACAUUGCCAUGGUCACCUUCAGUUUCCUCAUCAUUGACAGUGCAUGGCUGGGAGGCAGUGUGGGUCUUGCCAUCACCCAGACAGUCGGUCUCAUCGGUAUGUUCCAGUGGGGUAUGAAACAGUCUGCUGAGGUGGAGAACUUCAUGACCUCUGUUGAGAGAAUACUUGAGUACACACAAGUAGACAAAGAACCUCCACUGGAAUCACCACAAGACAAAAAACCCCCUGCUAAUUGGCCGACUGAAGGUGAAGUUGAGUUCAACCAUGUGGUCAUGUCUUACGAUCCUUCCCUGCCACCUGUUUUGAAAGACGUGACAUUUGUCAUACAACCACGAGAAAAAGUUGGCGUUGUUGGCCGCACUGGAGCAGGUAAAUCUUCAUUAACUGCUGCUUUAUUUCGAUUUAAUUCAUUCAAAGGAAAAAUCAUCAUUGAUGGCAUUGAUGUGACUGAUUUUGGACUCCAUGAUUUACGGUCCAAACUCUCUGUUAUUCCUCAAGAACCUGUGUUGUUUUCUGGAAAUGUUCGCAAAAACCUUGAUCCUUUUGAUGAAUACUCUGAUCACACAAUAUGGAGUGCUUUAGAGGAGGUUGAACUGAAAGAAGUGAUAGAAGACUUACCACAAGGUUUAAACAGUAAAAUCGUAGAGGGUGGAGCCAAUCUGAGUGUUGGACAGCGACAGCUGAUGUGCCUGGCCCGAGCCAUCGUCCGUAACAAUAAGAUUUUGGUUCUGGAUGAGGCUACAGCUAAUGUAGAUCUACAGACUGAUGCUCUGAUACAAAAGACUAUCAGACGAAAGUUUGCAGAGUGCACAGUACUGACAAUAGCACACAGAUUGAACACUGUCAUGGAUUCAGACAAGAUUCUGGUCAUGAGCAAUGGUUGUGUAGUGGAGUUUGACCAUCCUCAUAUCCUACUGGAAAACAAGCAUGGUUAUUUGUACCGAAUGGUAGAACAGCUGGGCAGAACUGCAGCAGAAUCAUUGCAUAACAUUGCAGCCUUGAAUUACAACCAAAGCACCGUUCUAAGAAGACCAAAAUCCUCAUAGUUGUCGAAAACGCUAUAUUUAUACGCUCCGUUUUACGAACAAUAGUCCAGAUUACCUGACCUAAUGUGACGAAUAGUAGGCCAGACGACAAAUAGCCCAGAAAAUCCAAAGUUAAAUAACCCACACACCAUCUUGAGUUGGUACACGUGUCACUCCUGCUGACAAAGCAGCUAUACCAAACAGAGCUAUUUUGCAAAUUUCCACCCUAAUGUGUGCAGGCAUUGUAACAUGCAGCCAUACAUUAUGUAAGUUAUACUUACCUCUUGUGCAAUUACUGUUAACAAUGCAGUUCAUACUUACUCACCAUGUCAAAUCAUAUCGCAAUAAGCUCAACCGAUGGCAUUUACUUGUUUCAUCCUGAUUUAUAUAAUGUUGCAAUCAUGCCAGAGCUGAUUUGACUAAUCAGAAGGUCUGGAUAACCAGGGAUCUAUUGUACAUCUUAGUUAUUUAAUGAAAGAAACCAACACGUUCCUUAUUAUAAAUAAUUCUUUGUUUUCCCAUUUCUAUAAACUAGUAAUAAGAACUAUGUCAUUAAUAUUAUAUAUUGUAUUUGAAUUGUUAUAAUGAAUAAAAUCUGCAUACUGUAUGUUUAAACAUAUAUCCUACUUAUUGAUUGAUUGAGAUUUAUUCAUCUACUUUUGUAAUUAAAUCCCUGUCUAUAUAUUUAUUGCUUAAAGAUAGAGGGAUUCCUUUCCCGAAUUUAUCUAUGUAAAUUGAUUUAUAUAAAUUCAAUAAAUAAUAUUGUGUAAGAAUUGUAAACAAUUUAUUUGAUUUGAUAUUUUACUGAAUAUUGUGGGGAAGAUCAAAAGUAUAGUUGUCAUCAAGUUAUCUAUUUUUAUUUGUUUCAAAACAUCAUAACGUUUUAUUACUUCCUUAUAAGUAUUCACUGUUUUACCUUUAAAUGUUCUUUAGAGUUUUAGUACACAAAACCUUAAAUUCUUAUUAACGAAUGUCACACAAACAUUUUGGAACUGCUACUGAAGAUAUACAUGUUUUUAUUUAUAUUUAGUUUAAAGUAUUAGUUUUGUAAGUAUCAAGACUAAUAUUGUAUUAAUAAAGGCAUUUAUUUAAAUAGAUUGUUUAUUUUAGGAGUACUUUCAUCUGAUGCACUUUCCACGAUGUGCUGACACACUGGUUCUAUGCAAAUAUAAGAAAUUUGAAUAAAAAUCAGUAUUUCAAACUAUAAUUUUAUAAAGCUAAUCACCAUUAUUUUCUUACACAAAAAUAUGAUUAGUUAGAUCAUCAGAUAAAAUGAAUUUCUCAAUCAACUCUUAAUUGAUCGAGUGAAGAUGAAUAAUUAUUCUAAUCAUGGCGAGAACAAAUGAUGCUAAGACUAAAUGUUGGAGAGACUUAUAUUAAUCAGACCAAAUCUUACUGUUUUUUUAAUUUUAUUUUAGGCUUAGACUAAAAUAAAAAGGAAAAUAUUUACAUUUAA